GGCCAGCACUUCAUACGGCGCACCACGGACACGAAGAUGGCUCCACUCGUCCGGUUUUUCGCCCUCGUAGCAGCAGCACUGCUGCUCGUAGCAGACCUGGCGACGGCAGCCCCCAACAAGCUGCGUCUCGCUGACUUCGGAAUUCCUACUUUGGAGCCUUUUAAGAUCCCGCAGUUGGUUAUUGGAGAUUCAAACACUGACGCCCCUGUAAACUUACAUAUCAACUUUUCUGAUAUUAACGUUUACAACCUUUCUACAGCCCAAUUUACAAAUAUAGUAUUUGAUUACGAAACCUUGCGCAUAAGCUCCCAUGUACAUGUGGGUAAAGUCUACGCUGAAGCCAACUACAUAAUGGACGGGCGAAUUCUACUUAUUCCCGCAAAGGGCGACGGCAGAGGAAACCUUAAUUUAACAAAUUUGGAAGCAAACAUUAGUAUUAAUGGAGAAAGAUAUCAGAAGAAGAAUAGAGAUUACAUGAAAAUUAAAGAUUUUAUCUUCGAAGUUACUAAUCUCGGGAAAAUGGAUAUGCAGUUUGACAACCUCUUCAACGGUGACAAGGCUCUUGGAAACACCAUCAAUAACCUUGUCAAUGAGAACUGGAAAGAUAUUUGGGAUAUGCUGGAGACUCCCCUGGAGGAAAUUUUCAGUUACACCUUCAAAGAAUAUUCGCGCCGAAUCUUCGACAGGGUUGCAAUGGAUGACGUCUUUCUGCCCCCUUCAAGUUAAUUGCCUGGAAAGUACUUCUUGGCGUCCCUGUCAGAGAAUACUUACAAAAUAAGUUUUUAGAUAUAUAUAAUGCUCUUAUAAAUACUUAUAAUUAUAAUGGCAACAAAUAUCUAUCUAGUAAACAUUUUUAUCUGAAAUUGAUGCGUUUCAUCUCCUAUAAUUUUAUAUAAAAAUGAAGAAAUGCGAAAAUUUCGUAGUCCUCUAUCAAGGAAAAUGUUAAUUAUGAUCUCGAUGACUGCCAGUAAAAAAAUCCUGGUGACACUGUAAGAGCAUAUUUUAAAAACAUUGUUUAUAUCCAUGUAAUGAUAUUACAGAUAUUUGUAAUGAUAGAGGAAAUAAAUCGCUUUCAG